AGAACUUUGUUCUUCUUCUUCCAUAGGCUGAUUCACUGAAUCAGAUCUCUUUCUUCUUCUCUUGGCUUGAUUCUCACGAAUCAAGAGAGGUUUAUCCUCAAAUCUAUCACCCAACCUUGUCAUCUUACUCAGGUACAUGAUAAUUGGUAUUUAGAGCCGUUUCGAUCCAUACCCUAAUCAUGGUUGCAGAAAUGGAUUUACAGAAUGAAAAAUGGGUACAAAUGAAUGGAAAAUUGGUACCGAUUAAGAAAUUGGAAAGGCUAGCAAGAGAGAAUUUAAAAGGAUGCAUAUAUUGGUACAAUUAUUGGUCGGAAAGAAUUAACUCUCCAUCUCAAAAUUCUUGCCUUCGGAGGUGGUUAAAAAAUAUGGACAAGGCAGCAAAGAGAUUGAGAUUGAUCCUGUUUCACAAGUGUACUGCUCCCAUCUCAUCCAUCUCCUUGCAGAGUGGAAAUCUCUUCUAUAGUUAUUAAUGAAUUUCCAGAAGUGGAGUUAAUUCCUUCUGUUUUCUUUGAAGAAGUGGUUAACUCAAUUCCUUCCGCUGUCGACGAAGAAGAUGAUUCUCUCAAUUUAGGGUUAAUUCCCUCAUUUUUAUUUCAUGAGAAGAAUGAUUUGUCUGUUGAUGAGAAUUCUCAGUAUGAGACAGUGGUGAAAAAUGAUGUUAUUGAAGUCGCCAGAACCGGUGAGUUCAAUAUUUUGGAAGUGAAUCGGUUCAGAAACAGCGGCAUGACUGAACUAUGUGUGCAAAAUUGCGUCCUAUUUUUUUAAGAGACCCAUCGAACUGUUGAAUGUUUAAUUGAGUUCUUCUUUCACCACUACAAGCUUCUUUGUCUGGAUUAUUUCUUUCUCCAUCGUGAUGUUACUCUCUCGUUAUUCGACCUGGGUAAGUAUGCGGCUUUCUCCUCAAAUUCUAAUGGUGAUUUGCUUCGAUUGUUAAUUCACUUUGGGUAUGAAACAAAAGAUGAUUCAAUUCAUACUGCGAGUUUUCAGUUUAAAGAAAUUGGCAAAUCUGCAGUGAGUGAUUUCGACAACAAGAAUCAGGUUCAAGUUGUUGAGGUUAGUUAUGAAAACCUUCACAGAUUGAAGGACUUCAUCACUCUUCACAACAAAUGGAACUGUCAGGAGUGCUUUUAUGUUAGUCUUGAUGAUUCUAGUUGCAUUUUUGAUCGUGGUAAGUAUGCAGUAGUACCACCGAUUUUUUUUGGAAAAUUGAUUCUUAGCUGUGGGUUCCAAUCAGAUUUUGGUUUGUAGAUUCAAUAACUCCCUUGUUUGUUAAUGAUGCUGAAAUUCAUGUUGAUGGAAAGUUGUUUGUUCAAAUGCCUGAGAGUGUAGCUUGUAAUUGGAGUAGUGGCAGUGCAGAGAUGAUUCUCUCCUGCAACUUAAACAAGGCAAGGGAGUUACACUAUAAUAAUAGAUGAAUGUCUCUUAAUUUUCAAGCAUUCUGCUCGUUGGAUAUACGAUCAUGGCAAGGCGUUGGAUAGUGCUACAGAGUAUUUUUCUUUUUAUUUUGCUAAUCCUUCUGAAUUUCGUUUUGAUAAAAUUACUUCUUGGGUGACUGUUGUUAUUGGGUCAAUUUUGAUGGGUGUCUAUGAUGGUGAUUCUGUACUUAAGCUAAUUCUAGAGCGUCUGUACCGUUUAGAUUUUUUAUUUGAGUAUCCGAGUACAUUUUCGAGUGCUGAAAAUUGUGACAGUCUUGAGGCUUGCAUGUUGUUUGAAAGAAUAUUGCAGCAAGUUAAUGGCUGUGAUUAUGUAUUGUUUUUCAUGGCAUUACUGGGAUUACUUGGCUCUAUUUUUUCUGGUAUUAGUUGGUAUGGGAACCACUUAUUAUUACAACUUAAGAGUGGCUGGUUUAUGGAGAGGAAAGUCGAAAGAGAACAGUAUAUGUGUUGUUACUGCUGCAAAGUUUUUAAUUUCUGGUCUAAAUGCAUAAAGCCACAUACGUUCAAUACUUCGACUAUCUUCUAUCAUGGGUUCUGUCAAAUGCAUCUAAAGACUUCUAUUCAUCUCUUGUUGAAGCAAUGGGGUGAUACUGGUAAGCUGUAUGUUAAAAUCUCAGAGAGAAAUAAACUUGUGUUACAGAUUUUUCCGAAGAAGUGCGAAUUUCUCUCGGUGUUUUUUCUUCCAGUUCCCACAGUCGUGAGCAGCAAUUUUUAUCUCUUGAUAAUAGGGAACUAUUUGAAGUGGAAGUUCAAGUUGUACUCUACAGGCCUAAGGAAGGUGUGUCACAAUACUCGCAAACCGUUUAUGAAAGCAACCUUGAAUUAUUUUUUGUUUGGUCUCAAUACUCUCAAGGAUACCCUAUCUUAUACCAUUACAUACACGUUCAAGGCUGACAAUUCAAAGCGAAAUUGUGUACUAGUAGGAAUGUUUGGUCAGUUCAGAAAUUUCAAUGGGAGUGCACCAAGAUCAAUUCUCAAGGUUGAAAUUUCAGAUAGGGUUGCACCAAGGCCAUUUCUUACUGAAGUUUAUGCUGUCACUUUGGUCAUAAGGUUCGCAUAUGAGACAAGGGUCUAUGCUGCAGCUCUUGAGCAGCUGGAAUGGCCUGUAUUCACGAGCUUAUUUCCCUGUCCAAUUCUGGGAGCUGAAGCAAUGGUGAACCAGCUGCAUCAUCUAAGUUUGUAUAAGGUCAAGACUGCUAAGGAGAGAGGUGUUUACAUGAGUGCGUACCAAGCUGCGAAUUAUGAAGAUAUUGGACUUGUUUACCGUGGGAAUGCUGCAAAUGUGAGUUUGACCAUUUCAGUUCUUAUGGGGAUUACGGAAACUCAGCUCAUACCUCGGGUGAUUCAACUCCUCCGUGUAAGGCUAUUAGUGGUAGGAUACUUGAGAUGGAAGUUCAAAUUGUGUCAGCUAGGAUUCGUAAUGAAAUAGUUGCAAAUUUUGUUGCCAAGCCCAAGUGUGUUACUGCUGAUCAGUUUUGGGCACAAUAACUAUUUACUAUAUUAGCUGGGAGUGCAGUGUGGAUAUUGAGUAGUGGUGCUGAUGAUAUUCUCUGGAUUACUCAUGCUUUCUCUGAUGCUAGACAAGUCUUCGCUGGUAAAUUGUUGGAGCUUAAGUCUUAUGAAAGGGAGCAAGCAGUACAACUCUUACACAAUGUGAUGCACAUUCUUGCUAUGUCGAAGUCAGUGGCCUGUGAAAGUAAGGUUCUAUGGUUCAUAAUGGACUGCACUUCCGUGGUGCUGGCUAGUUUUCACUUUCAGAUUCUGGAGAAGUUGCAGGAUCACAUCAGAAUUACAAGCUCAAGCAACUUGCACCAAACUGUGAUGGACAGCUCAAUGUGCGUAACUGCUCUACCAUGGUAAGGAAGCUACAUUGUCCCUUUGUACACACAUACAAGCCUGACAUUUUCCGAGGUGUUACCAAGAGUACCUGCCAAGAUAAAAACGAACCGGAGACUGUUCCAACGAAUUUGGACUGUUCACUUGUACACGGGACUGUUCACUACAACAAAGGCAGAUGCAAAUUUCGCCAGGUCUGUUACCAAAGCAAGGGCUACCAGGUCCACCAUACAUAUACUCUUACAGGCUUCCCUGACUCAUUACUGGGAUGAAUAUAGCAAGGAUGGUAAUUUUAUCGCGGAUCUUGGCGUUGUCCCGCGGACAUUUGAUCUGUUCUUUUCACCUUCAUCCUUGAGGACAAGGAUGUUUUCAAGGAGAGUGGAAUAUCAUGAGCCCGGUGUCAAAGGGGAGUGCCCUUAUCGUAUUCGAGUGGGUUGUUAGUAUUUAUCAUUUGUAAGGGUGCCUAUUAGUAGUUGUCUUUACUCUUAACCUAGCUAUAUAAAGGCUAGUUGUCUGUAAUGGAAAAGCUAAGCAAAUUAUUAAUCUAAAUAGAACUUUGUUCUUCUUCUUCCA